UACCCAAAAACAAAAGAAAAGAAAAUUUGAACCAAGGAUAAAACUGAACCACAACGAAAUUUCCGACAAAAUAAAAGCCCUUAUUGUAGCCCUUAUUUUAUUGCCUUAACAAUCACAAUAAUUAUUGCAUAUAUUCAGCUACAGUUAUAUCUUCUUUUUUCUCUACCAUGAAUGCAACUAAAAAUUUUUGGAAAACAUUUUUUUUCUUUUAUUCCGCACAAAGAAUGCGGGAGAAGGGCAAGUUCUCCCCCGCCCCUUCCCCACAUUCCCUCCCCCUGCGCGGUCCCUGACUUUAAGGGUGCUAACAUUCUUGGGAUAUUUGUUCUAAGAGUUACAGAAAUAAGGGAUAAGAAGAACCCCCUAACAGGGCCUCUACAUUGAUCGCUUUGUUUUGCAGAGAACCGGAAUGACAAUGAGCCUGAUCUGUUUGAGGGUGACAUGCGCCUUACCCCUGAACAACGAUACAAUGCAGAGCAUGGGAAAGAUGUCGACAGUCCUGGCCGGAAAAGAGGUUCAAGUAAAAUUCAUGGAAAGUGGCCAAGUGGAAUCAUUGUCUAUGCGAUCGACCCAACUCUUGGUAAGCUUUCUAUGACGGUAAAGAUCGAACGUUUGUGGACAGUUUUGGGUCAAAAUUAUGCCGCCUCAGCUAUAUAAUCGUCCCACCGUCCAGAUAAUCGUCCCACAAAAAAUGCUACCAAAUAAUUUUCAGAAAAGGGCGAGAUUAUUUUCAGUUAAGAUAAUUCCCAUGGUCAGCAGAUUUUGUUUAGUUUUUACAUUUACUCGCUACAAUACGUAGCGUUAGCGAAGAAAUUAGCUCUACAUGGCAGAAUUAAAGCUUCAAAAAGAACAAAAAUAACUGCCGAGCACGAUAAUUCAAGUUGCAAUCGGAAGAAAUAUGCUCGGAAAAACUGGCCUCAAAAAAAAAAGUCUUUGUACAUCCGUACCUUCUCUUGAAAUUGUUGCGUAAGAGAAAUGUUCCUUUACUAAAUUAAGCGAAAUUUUCGCAUUAUGCUGGCCAGACCACAAAUGGCUGGAUUUGACUACAUUUCGUCCCGCACGCUGAGGUCACAGUGAGGAUCAUUAUUGUGGUUAUUUAACGCCUCCUUUAACUCUCUAGCAAGAAAUUCCAGAGCAAUGAAGGCCAUAAGAGAUGGCAUGAAUGAAUGGGUCACGAAAACGUGCAUCCGUUUCAGACAAAGAAGAAGUGAAUCAAGUUACGUCUACUUCAAACACGGUAGAGGGUAAGAAGAAUCGUUAGUUGCAAGUGUGAUCUCACAGUUCUACCUAACCAUCCAAUGUUCAAGCACAUUUAUCCCAAACGGCGGUAAAUAGUGAUAGGGAAGGGUAGAAAUUCUCAUAUAAAUAUGAGAACUGCAUGAUUACCACCAGUGCCGCCCAAUAUGUGUAUCAGGAAAAAAUCAACUACUUUGGAGCCCAGUGGUUUUUUGUUUGUAUUGUUUUAACACUUCUCUGAGCCUGUUGUUCCUUAGCGAAGAAAGUGGAUAAAGGUCUUAUUUAUUUAUUUAUUUAUUUAUUUUUUAUUCAUUCAUUGUUUUAAUGUUUUGAAAUGGAGAUGUAAGGCUGACCAUGCGUUUUCAACUCCUAAAUUAACAAAAAGAGAGAGAGAGAAACAUAAAGGUCAGAAGAAUUACUCUCCCAUAUAGGCCCUAUACCCAUCGUAAUCCCUCUAAAGAUAUAGAUCUUCUCCGACAUCCUUUGUUCCCAAGAGGGUUGAGUGAGGGUUGAGCCAAUCGUGUGUCCUUAAUUUUACCAAUGUUGACAGCUAGGCAUUGGGCAUUGGCUCACGCAAUGCGUUGCGACGUCCGCAAAGCAAUUGUUAAUUUGGCAGCAGACGUAGGUUUGGUUAACAAAACUGCAGUCAUAGGAAAACUGAAUGACCCGAGUGUACGUUUAGUGGACGAAUAAGACUUAAUAUCAUAGGUGACGAAUUACUCCUUAAUUUUGGCGCGAAAUUUCAGCGUUAAUUUGUAAUUUGACAUGUGAAAUUACAAAAUUGCCAUGGCAACCCUUCCGUACGUCUCAGUGUCAAGAUGGCGACGAAGUUUUAAAAUGCCGUGAAUGAAGGUCUAAACAUUUAAGAGAGUGGAGUUCUCGCCCGGGGGGGGGUACUCCCAUACAUUACCUAUAAGGGUAUGUGCCACCCAACGGGGUCGUGAUUUUGAAGCUCCUCAUUUAGAACGGGGUAUCCAUUUCAGAGGCGUUUUCUAGAUCGGGGUAUAAUAUUUCUAACGCACGAAAGCUUCAGUUUUGUAAGCAGCCAUUUGAAAUUAUUCAAGGACAGAUUGCUUUUAAAAAUACGGUUCAAUGCGUUAACAAGCAAACUGUUGUACUCUUGUUGCACCCUGUGUUUUAGCGUGCAGGGCGGGCGUAUUUUGGCGCGAGCCUCGAGCGCUGACUCCGCCAUCUUGGAUAAAUAGGCGCGCAGACGUCUGGAACGAGUCCAUAAUGUACCCGACAGGGCAAGAGAAGGAAAAUCGUUAGCUUACGAGCGUGGUUCUGUGCGUGGUGAGAAAUUUUGCGUCAUAAUUAACCGCAUUGUAUCCACAUGCACAGGAAACGUACUCCGGAUGCUUAUGAAGAAGCAUUUAUUUGACGUAUAAGUCGAACAGAUAAAGAAAUAUCUGUUUACAAAAGCAGGGCUAUUUCAAUUUACAAACUUUCUAGAACGGAGUAUAAAAAAUUGGCCCAUUUCUGGAACGGGGCAUCAGUUUUAGGGCGAAUUCUAGAACAGGGUAUAAAAAAUUGGCCCAUUUCUAGAACUAAGUAUCAAUUUUAGGGGAAAUUUUUUGAGAACGGGAUGCCAAUUUGGAGUCCCGGGCGGCACAUACCCACCCAAAAAAUACCCAAGUGCCCCCUUCGGGAGUUCUCGAUCGAUACGAUCCAGGAUAAACAUGUCAAAAAUCCAAAAUUGGUAACGUAAUUCGUCACCCAUAAUAUUAAUAGGUAAUCAACUGGUAUACUCGUGAAAUUAGGGAAUAAUUUUACGCGCGUUUUGUCCAAAUCCUAAUAAUUUCCCGAGCCUAAAGGUUCACGAGUAUACCAUUUGAUUACACAUACUAAUUUCCUUUGUGAAUCUUCUGACGAUUUUCAUUUUCUCGAUGCAAAUGGCGAGUGAUAUGUGCUCGAAUAAAAAAACCUCUCAAAACACUAUUUCGCAUCAAGAGAGGAUAGACCCUUGUUUCGCAUUCUUCCAACUCCCGUGGGAUCCCGACAUGCUUUUGCACUUUCGCUCCUCCACGACACGUUCACACAACGCGCGAGGAAAUAUUAUCCGCAGGAAAACUGAAGCGUUCCAAAAAUAACUUUAGAGGGAUUACGAUGGGUAGAGGGCCUAUAUGUGGGAGUAAUUAUCUGACCUUCAUGUGCUCUUGCCGAAAUACCGUAUCAACCAAAAAGCAAGCCACGUUUUCUUUCAAGUUUGUUUAGAAAGAGAUAUGAACAUUGUAUGAACAAGAAAGAGGUCAUUCUAAAGAGCGUUGUCUUCUUCCAAUCAUCAUCAGUCAUACGAUCAUUAAUGACAAACAUUAAAAAGUAUAGGUGGAUUCGGGCGGCGCUUAUUGAGUAAAUAUGGUAUAUGUAUUCCCGCAUUAGAUGUCGGGAAUAUUACAAGUUGCUCAUUUUAAUCACUCAUUCAUUCAUUCAUUCAUUCAUUCAUUCGUUCAUUGAUUCAUUCAUUCAUUCCUUCCUUCCUUCUUUUAUUCAUUCAUUCUUUCUUUCGUUCGUUCUUUCUUUGUUUGUUUGGACACUUCUCUGUUGUUUGCACAUGUCUGAAGUUCUUAGGAUAUAUCAAGGGGCACCAACGGAUAGCAAACAACAACAACAACAGCAACGUAAUCUCUACACACGAGUCUAGCUACACACAAUAAUAUUACAAAGAAUGAAUAACUCGAAUUGACUCUUAGUUUAUUCCACCACAUGGUUAACUACACUAAUAGCAUGCAACAAGAUAGUCUUUUGCAUGCUCGUCAGCACCCCUUUUUCCUGGCGAGCAUUAGCGAGCCAGCACACUUUGAGAGGGUCGGUGGUGUUACAUAACACCUUUUUCUCGAUUUUCUGGAUGUCAUAUUCGGGGCAUUAGCAAUUUGACUUUUUUAUCAUUUGACGUCACAAUCAAUGAUUUGUUCUACGUUUAUGUACUUCACGUUUUUGCACUAUUCCGUGUCAGCCCUAUUCCUCCAACUUUGGCACGCCAUCUCAAUUAUGUUGAUCUUUUUCACCACAGUCUUAUCCGUUACUACGAGAUCUGGGCGAUUUCGUGCACUCUCUGGGCGAGCUUCAGUUGCUAUUAAAUAGAACAAUCCCACGUUAUUUCCACAUCGUUAGAGAGAUUAAGAGUCAGGUUUACGGCAAACGGUAAACGUCAGGUUUAAGUUGAGAAUUUCUCACAAUAGAAAAUAAGAAGAUAAAAACUGUCCAGAACAAUGCUUAUGGAUAAAACUGGUGUUAAACUACUUAGUUUUGAGUGGAAGUAAUAAACAACAAACGACAAUUAAGAAGAAAAUUUCGUCAUGUGGUACAAAUUCACGUUUGCCUUUUGGCGUAAAUGUGAUUCUUAAUCUCUCUUUUAUUGACAUAGAAACUGCGAGGCUCCUGUCUCAGUAGAAGUGGCUUCUCACUCAGUUUAUGGGCUAUGAGUAACUCAUGUAAAAUCCAUUUUAGUGCAUCAUUAUAUCUGUAAAGGCCGGUAUUGUCAGUCUUUGCGCUAGCUCUGGACAACCAGCUCUACUGUUUCGGGAAACUUGUGACAUUUUCUGCAGGUCUUCUCAGUCGAAGAGCGCAUCAUCGCCUCCCGUGCUUUGUUCUAAGGAGUUGCUGAUAUAUUUCGUUCAGUGCGCAGAUUGCGUAGGUUGGGGCCGAUUUCCAUUUAUUGCUCCAAUUAAGGCACCCUGAAAGUUCAGCUGUUUCAUCAUCAACUCUGUUGGACACAAUGUUCCCCUGCGAAACCCUCUCUUUGACCUCCAGUUUUGUCUUAUGCGAGGGCACUCACUCACUCACUCACUCACUCACUCACUCACUCACUCACUCACUCACUCACUCACUCACUCACUCACUCACUCACUCACUCACUCCACCACUCACUCACUCCACCACUCACUCUCUCUCUCUCUCUCACUCACUCACUCACUCACUCACUCCACUCACUCACUCCUCCACCUCACUCACUCACUCACCACCACUCACCACCUCCUCACUCACUCACCAACACUCACUCACUCACUCUCACCACUCACUUCCUCACACACUCACUCACUCACUCACUCACUCACUCACUCAUCACUCACUCACUCACUCACUCACUCACUCACCACCACCACCACCACCACUCACUCACUCACUCACAGUCACUCACUCUCACUCACCUCCUCCACCACUCACCACCACCACUCACUCACUCACUCACUCACUCACUCACUCACUCACUCACUCCACCACCACUCACUCACCACUCACUCACCACCUCCUCACCACCUCACUCACUCACUCACCACCACCACCACCACCACUCACUCACCACCACCUCACCACCACCACUCACCUCACCACCACCACUCACUCACCACCACCACCUCACUCACUCACCACUCACCACCACCACUCACUCACUCACUCACCACCACCACUCACUCACACCACCACCACUCAAUCAACCACUCACUCACUCACUCAACCACUCACUCAACCACUCACUCAGUCAACCACUCAACCACCCACCCACCCAUUCAUUCAUUCUUUCAUUUUCCAGGUGUUCUUCUUUUGUGGGAAGAACUGGAAAGCGACAAGAUAUUAAUCUUGCUUUCGGGUGCUGGACCAGGGGAAUUGUUGCUCAUGAGAUCGGUAAGUGUCAUCACUUUUAGUAGUCGCAUUAGAUAAAGCCACAUUAACCGAAUAAAGAAAAUAUUGAGUUCAAGAGCGUCAGUCAAAAGAAUGAACAAGCAGAAUGCUUUCCCAUCAUCGUUCAAGGGACUUUUUUUUAUUUAUGAGCCAGGGAGUUUUAUGCAUCAGGGGACGGAAGAGCAACGACUUCCUUUUUGAGUCGUGUCUCAUUUAGUUUCUUCUUCUCUUUAACUUACCAUAUGCGGUCUCAUUUCCGCCACCUAAUUCUCCAUACCAGUUCAGUUGUAGCUUUGAGAAAAAAACAUGAAUUUAAAAGGACCAAAUGGCAGAUGCUGGGUUCCAUUUUCAACAAUGGUCAUUUCCCUUACAAUUUCUUAACUUCCACAUUUUUUGCUUCCUAAGUACGAUUACCUCGAUUUAUACGGGUUAAGUAAAAUAGAAUACAUUUAAUCAAUUCAAAUUGGCAGAUCCAAGAGGGCGGAUGGUUCCAGUUCCUUCUUUAAUAGUAAAUGAUGUCAUCAUGACACCAUUGCUAUUGUUAAAGAUUAUUAAUGUGUUAGCCAACUUUAUGAUUUUGUCAGACAGCUUGCUAUUUAGGUAUUUUUUACUUUAUGGUUACUUUAAGAGGAAAAACUGAUGAAGUUAGGCUUCUGCCAAGAAAUUCAACAAUAUGACGUGAUGAUGACUUCAAAAUACGUCAUUGUGUCAAUCAAGUUAUACCUAGAUGGUUGGAAAUGAUGAGCACAUUAUUUUGUGUAAUUUGGUGGCCGUAUCAUGAGCGGGCGUAAAGUUAUAGAGGGGGUCUCCCCAACCCCUCCGGUCACAGGAAGCUGAAAAAAAAAAGCCGGGUCUGAAUAGGGUUAAAUUGUUAAUUUAGGGGUAGAAAUUUAAUUUCUAAUUAAAAUGGGUUGGGUUCUUGAUGAUUGAUUGAUUGAUUGCCUGAUUGAUUUCUUCGAAGGUCACGCCCUUGGUUUCUUUCACGAACAGUCCCGUCCUGACAGGGAUAACUUUGUGACAAUAGUAUGGGCAAAUAUCCCUUCAGGUAAGUUUAAACAUUUUGAUAACUGGAUCGGAGAUAUCCUAUUUACAUGAAUAAUCAACAAAUUAAACCAAAAGUCUCAUGCAUCAGCGUACGGAACGGGGGGGCUGGGGGGGCUGCAUCUUCUAACUGAUCUCUGUACUACUUCACGGGAUGGCUGUUAUUACUCGGAGUUAGAACAUUGAGUUCUACCGAGGGACUGGGAGUGAUAAUCAAGACCGCACUGGGACUGGAACUGCGUAUGAGUUGGCGGCCAUGUUGAUUUAUGUCUGUGACCAACAAGUUUCAUUCGGGCAAAUUAUGUUCAGGCCCCCCAACAAAAUUUUUCCCGUACGCCGAUGGUCUCAUGUUAGCGUAAAAAGUUUACGUUAGCUUAGUUUCAUCCCAUAAAAUUCUUGACUCAUUUGUAUGACUUCUUUUAGAUAGGAGACAUAACUUUAACAAGUAUCCAAGGUCUAUUAUUGACUCACUUGGAACACCAUACGAUUACGGAAGCUUGAUGCAUUAUGGAAAGAAAGCAUUCAGCAAUAAUGGACAGCCCACUAUUGUGGUUAAGAGAACAGGGGUAUGU